AUGGCAUACCGUAACCAACAAGACGGGGACUGCCUGAUCAGCCCACCGGUCUUGGGCGCCCAAGUCUCUGAAAAGGCAUGGACGGGUCAGACAGUCGUGGGCCCUCGUAGAACAGCCGCAGAAGAAACACCUCAGCUCUCCCAAUCACGAACACACGCGAGCUCCACCGAGAACGUCGUGUACUGCGGCUAA